UUAGUUUCGGUUUGGUGUCCGGGGCUUUUCUCCGCUCAUGUGAUGUCCGGUCCCGGCGCGGGCUUCCUCCCCACGCGUCCCGCCGCCGCAGCGCCAGCAGGGCCGCCGGAGGCUCCGUGACUCUCAGCCCACCGGAGCGAGCAGCGAGCGUUGCAACAUGUGUUCAACUUUGGACUCGUAGAUUCUCUCCUUGUUGUUCCGUGAGGCGGAAGCGAGCUGCGCUGCCUUCACGGAGCUGCUGCUGGAAACGAAACUUUGACUGCGCACACAGAUCGAGCUCACUAUGUCACAGAACAAGUGAUGGACGGCGAGAGAAGUGACGUCGGUGGAGGAGGAGGCGGCGGAGACCCGGAGGUGGAGGAUGAGUUUGCGUGUGCCGGGAUGCUGCGAGGAUAUCUGACCUCCCUGCACGGCUCCGUGGAGCGAAUAUUCACGGUGACGUUCAGGAUCGGGGCCGACGAUCUGCCUCACGGUGACGACGGUCAGAUAUGGCUGAAGCUACGAGGGCCGAGCUCCAACGUGAAAGCUGCCAAACUGUUUGUGAAAGGAGUUGUGAACCAGGAGGAGCAGCAGGAGGUUUCGUAUCCUGGGGUCCUUCACUGUGUCUUCUGUGGAGCCAGAGGGCUGUUCGUGGACAGCCUGGUUAAAAACACCUCAGCUCAUAUCGUGGUCGGCUCUCCAGGAUCCCUGCUGAUAUCAGGUCUGGCGGAGCCAGUGGUGCGAGCCUAUUCUCUCAUCGCAGACCUGGUGGAGCGCUAUGAGGGCACACAGUCCAGACGCCCUGAGACCGGAGACAGAGGUUCAGGGGAAUCUCUGGAUUCACGCCGGGCCUUUAAAACUCUGGUGGAGACAUGGGAGGACAGGCACAUCCUGGAUCUUCUUGUACUGCCAGUGUCAGUGAAGGAAAUCCUCCUGGAUUUGGUGAAAGAAGCAGGACUUGGAUCAAACCCAAAGCCGAUGCCGACUGGUGUGAAAACACAGGAAAGAUCUCAGACAGUUUCAAAGGGUCGACAGGACAAACAAAGGACCACGAAGCAAACACUCCACAAUCCUUCCAGCACUGCUGAUCGUUGGGCUGAAGGGAUGACUGCAGGAAAAGACUCUGCAGGCACUGACUCCUUCUUCCAGCCUUUUUCCUCCUCUGCAGGAGGCAGAGGAAGGGCAGAGGGAGCUGAGGAAAGACUCACACAUUCUCCACAGGAGGUGGGAGAGGAGGAGCAGGUGGAAGCGUUUGAUACCAGGCUGAAGGACGGGCGAGAGAAGAAUGGAGGGCAGGAGGCGCCGCUGUCAACUGGAAACAAGGAGUUCUUGCUUCUUUUAAAGUUCUUCACAGUCAUGGGCUACAGCGAGGACGUCGUGAGACGAGUCCUCGCCCGGACAGGACCUAAAGAGGCGUCGCAGAUUCUGGACUUGGUUCAACAGGAGCAGGAUCGCAGUGAGCAGAACAGUCAGCAUGUCCCAGACCCGAAAAAUGAAGACGGUGUCGCCCUGGAUCACAUCGAGAGGAACCGACCCUGCGAGACGGAGCACAGAGAGGACGAGGGAGCAGUGGGAGGAGGAGAGCAGGUCCUAAGUAGUAAUGGAGAAGCUGGAGACGGAGGAGAGGGCAGCACCACGGGAAGCUCCGGAGGCUUUCAGAAAGAAGGCAGUGCAGAGGAGAAGGAGGCGGGACAAGAGGAAGACUUUGUCCUGGGAGUGUUGAAGAAAGCAGCGGCCAGCUGUGGGUACGACGAGCAGAACGUAGCCAAAGCCUACAACAUGUUCCCUGAACGAUCCACUCACGAGCUGCUGCUGGAGCUGCAGAGGGAGGGCAGCAGAGAGACGGACGCCUUCAGGGCAGAGCCGAGGGAGAUGGACGAUGUGGUGCUGGAGGACGGGCCGAAAGACAGACCAGCAGAGGUCGGAGCCAGAGGAGAAGUUGACCUUUUUUUACCUGCAGAAAGGAGAGAAACUGGUGAGAAAGGACAGAUCAACCUUACUGCGCCUAAAGCAGAUCCAGAUGUAUUUUCUUGCAUUAACAAUCACCAGCACACCUCCCAUCCAAAGCAACACCAGACUUCAAAGUCACAAACUCCUCACCAAGUCAUCCUUCCUGAAGUCAAAGGGCCUCCCAUGCCUGUUUACACCUCCUCCCUGGAUCUUCCACUCACCAACUUACAGUCCAACAAGCAACAUGCUCAACCCAUCUACUGGCCCAAUCAGUCGCCCUCAAAGCAAAACCAUCACCACAACCCGAAGCCCCAGUCGGCUUUAAAACAAGCCCUUCAAGCUCCUCAGCCUGCCGCCUUCGCCAACAAGGACUCGUCUCCCACCAGAGCGAGGGACAGACGGGGCUUCACGUCUUCAGUGGUGGUGACGGGAGAGCAGCGUUUCCUGGAAGGCCUGCAGAUGCCCUUUGAGCUGAAGCUGACCGAUAAACCCGGAGACCCCAAACUGAGGACGAUCGUCAUCGAUGGCAGCAACGUGGCCAUGAGUCACGGUUUGGGUCAUUUCUUCUCCUGUCGGGGAAUCGCUCUGGCUGUGCAGCACUUUUGGGACCGAGGCCAUCGUAACAUCAGCGCUCUCCUGCCGCAGUGGAGACAGAAGAGUGACCCCAAGAUCAAAGAGCAGCACUAUCUGACGGAGCUGCAGAAGGUCGGCGUGGUCUCCUACACCCCCUCCAGGGAGGUCCAAGGCAAGCGGAUCAGCUCGUAUGACGACAGACUAAUACUGCAGCUGGCACAAAAGACGGGCGGAGUGAUCGUCACCAACGACAACCUGAGAGACCUCUCAGAUGAGUCUCCUGCGUGGAGGAACAUCAUCAAAAAUAGACUCCUGCAGUACACGUUUGUCGGAGAUCACUUCAUGGUUCCUGAUGACCCUCUGGGCAGAGGAGGGCCUCACCUGGACGACUUCCUACGUUCAGAGCACAGAACUCCUCAUCCAGGCAAUCACACUUUUGCCGGUGUGCCCACAGCUUUCCCAACUUCCGAAGUGCCCCGCUCCCAGACGGAGGUCUUGAACUACCGAGACCGGGCAGUAGGAGGCGCUCUGGAUGCAUCGGGUGGACGAGGAGGCCGGGGUAGAGGGAGAGGACACCAGAGGGGCUGGGAGCCGGGACACCAGCACAGGCAGCAUGUAGCUGCAGGUGCUGCUGUGGACAGGAGUCCAGAGGAAACAGCGGCGCUGAGAGAGCAGCUCUGUCAGGUUUUCCCUGGUCAGGACAACAUGGUGACUCUGGUGCUGCAGUGUCACCCGGCAGAGACGGACAUCAAUGUGCUGUCCGAUCUGAUCCUGGAGCAGCAAAAGGACUAGAAAUACGUGAGCUUUAGGGUUAAUGCAGACUUUUCUUGCUGAAGUUUGUCAUAGUUUUGUUGAUUUAUUCAUGCUUCCUAUCAAACUACAUACAAACACUGAUCCAGUCAUGGGGCUGCAGGGUGGCGCAGUUGGUUAGCACCGUCACCUCACAGCAAGAAGGUCGCCAGUUUGCAUCCUGG